CCUAUUUAAAAGUCAAACGCUUGAUGUGACCCGAGCUAAACUUUAGCAGGAGCAACCAAACACCCCCUUAGGUCCGAUUUCAAAUCUCUAGAUCCAAUUAUUAGUCAGUUUUUAGAGAUUUGCAGCAAGACCUUAGGCCAGCGUUAGCGAGGUUUUUACGUGGAUUUCAUUAACAUUAAAUAAAUUCUUAUAUAGUUAUUAAUUUUACACGAUAGUGUAAUUAAAAAGAUAAAAAAAUUAAAAUUUACGUGGAUGAAACUCAUCACUAACUCUUUAAGAAUGAGAAAAAAUAAAUAUCUAUAAACUAUAUAAUGAAUCUUUUUAUUAAGAAUGCAUGUUUUAUCUAAUUUUAUUUUAUUAUAAGAUAUGUCAAUCUAAUAAAUAGUCAAUGAAACUAUUUGCUGACACUGACCUUGGCCUACAUACAACAUUUUAAGUACAAUAUAAGGUGUGAAUAAAUAUGAUGUCGGUGUUAUGUUGUUAGCCUAUGUUUGCCCCAUUGUAUUAAACAUAUAAUAUCUAAUUAUUAUGCUUAAUAUGGUGUGGGUGUUAUGUUGUUAAUAUGUUCAAAAAAAUUGAUAAAUUAUUGACAAAAUUUUUUAUUCCAAAAAUAAUUCAAAUUAUUAAAAAUAAUUUGAAUUAUUGUCAAAAUAAUUAAAAUUACUAUUGAAAUAAUUUGAAUUAUUCCCAUAUCUGUUAUUAUUUUUGAGAAUAUUCAAAUCACUAUUUAAAUGAUGAAAGGGUAUACUUGUCGUUUUAUCAAGAUUAACAAUGUUAAAUGCAACUAACCGACUAGGGGCGUACAAUAGUUUCGUUUUAAAAAAUCUGGGGUGAACACGCAAUGCCUAAAAAACAAGGGCAAAGCUACAGUUACACUAAAAACAAGGGGCACUGACGCAAUUGCCCCAUAAAUGAUUAUGCAUGAACACAUAAUCAUAUCAACACCAUUUAAGUGGCACCAAAAAUUUCUUCUUCAUGCAUAAGUCCAAUUUUGUCCAUCUAGAAAGUUUGUCUAGCACCUAAACUUUCAUAUUUCAUCGUUUAAAGGGUCGUUGAACCACAUAUUUUAGUGUUUACAUGUCUCUAACCACAAUUUUAUAUCAUCAUUGAAACUGUUUUUACCAGUUUGAUUGUUUAGAUAUGUUUAGUGUUUAGUUUAAUAACUAUGGCUUAAACUACACGUGUACCCACUGUUUAUCAUGUGUGUAUGCAGUUAUUUAAAUACAUUUAGAUGAACAUGACAAAAAACAUGAAAGUCUCACAUGUAUCAGGUCCUUUACUCUUUUUUUGAUAUAAACGUGUAUAAAAUCCUAUCACAACAUUAAUUAUAUUACGAUAUGCAUCUUUCACGUACUUAAACACACAUCAAGAGGUUCCUUAAAUCUUUCAUUUGGAUAGAUCAUCUCAUAGGGUCAGGAUGCGAAAGGGGAUGGUGAACUAGACUAAUAUAAAAUUUCUCACAAUAAUUUAAUCCUACUGAAUAACCAACUUCACACUUUUGUCCUUAAUUGUGUUCUAUCCUUGUUACAUAUAUUUCACAUCAAAGGUUCCAAUGAUGUUCAGGCAUGACAAUUCUAGUAAUGUAGAUAUAAUAUUUUAACUGCACAAAAGAAAAUGUUCAAAGUGUAGGAAGAGUUAGAAAUAUAGCAUGUUUUUAGGCAUCAAAGAGUCGACACUCCUGACUAGUUAUUGUUGGAGCACCCACGCAAGGGUGUGGGCCCCACUUAGGCCUAGUUUGUAUACUUUAGUAUUGACCCCAAUCCACAUGUAUUAAGGUGGAUUGGGGUGUAACUUAAACUAAUUUACACCCCAAUCCGCCUCAACACAUGUGGAUUGAGGUUAAUACUAGAGUACCCCAAACAAAGCAUUAAUACGCUCAAAUAUCAAGUGCUCUCUACAUGUCGAUUAUUAAACACUCUAGCAUAGUCAAUAACCAACUACCAUUUACACCAUGAGUUGGGCCACCCACACUCUCCAUCGAGUGAUCACCAAACUCUCGAUCGCCACCAAACUGUGUAGGUGAUGUCGAUCUCGAAGAGUAAUAAGAACAAAAUCUCACUUGACCUGAACAAACCUAAUGAGAAUCAUAAAUGCACACUUGUCACUCUCUAUGCACUAAUGAGGUCCCUAGUCUCGCGAUUAUCAAAGCUCAAACACGUCACUAGACAAAGGCUCUCUCUUUCUCUUCAAAGGGUUUCUUGUACUAAACAAAUGGAUGACAUGGAUUGGUAUUUAUAGCCCUCAGGUAAAGGACUAGCGAUUACCCAUCGACUCAAGAGAAUCGAGGGUAUCGAGUGUGUUCAGUGCACCACUUCUUCCCACACCAAACACAUCUGAUGAGUCUAUAAUGGCUAGUUUCCAAACUAGUCAUUAAUAUAUGACACAUCCAGUGAAUACCAUACUCAUCCAGUGAACCAUGCUAGUCUCUUGGGUUCUCCAUCUACAAAUAGAUCGAUUUAGUGAUGAGCCCAGUGCACUACUAGGUACGUUCGAUGAGUGCACUGACUCCCUAGUCAAAGUCUUUAACUUGCAAUGAUGCAUGUACGAUGGGAGAUCUAGUGCAUCACCAGAUACAUUCAAUGACUCCAAAGCCUCCCCAACUACUUAGAGUUAGCAUAGUAACUCUCGUAUGGUGCACACCAGACUCAACAGUGUCGCAUUGAAUGAAACCAAUCGAGAUAAGGUGUUAUGCAUGUCUUGUGCAUAGACAACAUAUCCAACUCUAUCUAGUUCAAACAAUCUUCAAGUUGGCUUUGAUCUCAAUAAUAUUUUGGCUUCCAUAGAGCAAGCUAGCACUGGAUUUUAGAAGACUCAACUAGAUCAAGCUACCCAAUCAUGCCCCUUUAUAGUAUGGUAAAAGGGAAAAGUAAGGAAUUUAAGUGUCCCUCACUCAACUCCAAGGACAAUUAGAACUAGUCAUCCAUUAAUCUUUAUGCUCAUCUUUAUAAACUAGAAUUGAAUUCCAUCAAUAGGGACAUGAGUAGCACAUAUGCCCAAGAAAUAACUAGUACCAUGACCUAAUUUAUAAUGUUUUUGCAAAACAUAUAUUAACCAUAAUAGUCUAGCGUAUUCAUUAAUCAUUAAAACCCAACUAGGACCUAGAUGCUUUCAAUCUCCCCUUUUUGGCAAUUGAUGAAAACACAACCUCAAGUAUUUUGUAUAAUAGUGGAAUUGAGGUUUGCAAACAUCAUUUGCAUGGACUUGUGACAAUAAGAGCAAAAAGGAUAUGGCAUGUUCAUACAAACCAAGUCCAUAACUUCUAUUGAAAAGAUAUGUGUUAAGUGUGAGUAUUUUAUUAAGAACUCGUUUGUCAUAAGAAUUAAUAUAGGUGCAACAAAUAAGCACUGACAACAUGAUAUAUAGAAGACAUAAAUCAUUAUAUAUAUAUAUAUAUAUAUAUAUAUAUAUAUAUAUAUAUAUAUAUAUAUAUAUAUAUAUAUAUAUAUGCAAGGACAUAGUGUAUCAUACAAUGCAUAAAGAUAAACAUGCAUGAAAAAUGUGUGUAUCAACUAUAAAGAUAUCAAAUCCUUCUCGGCUCUCUCCUCUCCCCUUUCAUGCCAAGCACUUAAACCUAAGAGUCUUGUGGAUGGAUGGUAGCAAUCAUGUUAGGAACUAAGGUAUGUCGAGCUGUUGAACUGGUCUCAAUGUCUCUCAAUGGCUAAUACUAUAAUUGUCGCCUUUCUAGUAAUAGAGGACGGAGAAGACUUACUCAUGGUUAUCUGCUACUAUGGGUCUGAUGACGUGAUCGAGGAAGGUAAUGUCUUGAUGGUACUAGUCAUAGGGGUUGUAGGAGUUAGAAAUGGUGAAGACUCUCUUUUGACCUAACUCAUGUGGCUUAAGCGCCCUAAGGAGUUAGAGCAUCAUAGGGUGGGGCAGGACACUUAAUGGUGAGUUGUUGAGAUACACCCAUGGCCUCUAGUGCCACUCCCUAUCUUGGUGAAUUGGUGAGUUGUUGAGAUACACCCAUGGCCUCUAGUGCCACUCCCUGUCUUGGUGGAGUGAAAACUACCAUCAUGGGUGGGGCAGGACACUUAAUGAUAAAGGCCCUAAACUAAAGUCCUUCAAACUAUAUAUCUAGCCUAGUAUUUCUAAAGAGGGGCAAGGACUGCAAUCUAGACUGGUGGUACUAAGGAAAGAACUCAUGUAUGUUGAAGGAUAUGCUAGAAAUAUGUAAAAUUGAAGGCCCUAUCUAUUGCUAGAUCUAGUCUUAUCAAGGUGAAAUCUACUCAAACAUGUUAAACGUCCUCUUAAUCUAGUGUUCUUAGAGGUUGGCCUAAUGUCUCUGCUCUACCUUGACCUCUUCAUCAUAGUGUUCCUACUAUACUAGAAGCCUUUACUGCUUUGCCCUCCACUACCAUCUUCUAUUGACCUACAUUCAUCUACACUAAAAGGUCAGAUAUCCUUUCAUUAGAUGAUGGUGGGACAAAUGGUGGUAUGGUGCUAGAUUCACCAACCUUAGAGUUGUGUGAACAUGGUGGCAACAAAAGUUAAGAUGGUGGCACAAGGUAGUCCUUGUAUGAGCUUUCAUCGAUCACAUCGCUGCUACAAAAGCUGAUCUAACUCUACCUGCUCAACCUGACAAAUAGCCUUAUCAUGUGUCUGCUACUAUCUAUGUUGCUCAUCUAAAAUCACUUGACCCCUCUAGCUAAGUGUUAUAGCUCAUGGGCACGCAUCCACUAUGUUGGUCAACAUAUAAUACCCAAAAGCCUUGGGAGAGUUCUCAUGUGUUAAUGCCAAUUCUAGAUGUGAAAUUAGCUAAGAGAACAUAUAGGAUAAGUAGUGGGCGUGGGGAAGCUGACGAUGAGCCUUAAAUCCAUCUGGCACUAGAUCCUCAAUCUCACAUAAUAUGGAGUCACCAACAUCAUACUCUAUGUGAGAGAUGAGUGCAUCUAGAAGCCACUAUUUUAUGUUGUUGAGAGACUCAUCGUACACAACUUUUAGUAGUAGUAUCCUCUUCAUAAGUGCAUGAAGGAUCCUCACUACAGGUGGAAUGUUCACUACAGCUCUAUAUGAUUGCUCAACAAACAACUAGUGAGAUAGAGAGGUUACAUGGGUUGUAGGGGGUAUCACUUGUUGUGUAGUCUAUUGGGUGGGUCAGCGAAACCAUAAUAAACAUUAUGUAUCCUUGUUAGUGACACUAUAAAAUCAGAUAACUCUGAUGUCCUUGGCAUAGAUCCUAUAGUGGUACCCUUAGAAUAUGAACCAAAACCACUUGUAGUCCUAGUCAAUCCAAUGGUGACUGAGAGAUCCCACAUGAUAGAGGAACUUAAUGUUCUUAUCAUCACCGCAUUGGCAAUUUUCUUAACUAGUCUAUGCAAAUCCUAACUACAAAAGCAAGAUAAUUUAACAUGGUUGUAAGUUAAAAUGCAUUCAAAGGGACAACACAAGCUCAUAUUUUAGUGAAAUUACUUAGAUCAAGAACAUUGAGCUUGUUCCUCAACUUAAAAAUGCAUGCCUCAUCUAAAGGUUUUGUUUUAGAUAUCUAUAAUUGAUCUGUUGUCCUCACUCCUAGUAAAAUGUCACCUUUUGCUACAUGAUCUCUAAGGAACUGAUGGUGGAUAUCUUUGUGCAUGGUGCGAGAGUAAUGAAUUGGGUUGUUGGCAAGUUUUACGAUGCAUUAUUAUCACCCAAAAGGGGUAACUUUUCAAGAAUUACACCACAAUCUAGAAGGUUUUGCUUCAUGUAAAGAAUUUAUGCAUGACAGGACGCAAAGGUAAACUGUGGAUUAUUGGUAUAGCUAUUCCACUGGUAGCAAUUCUGCUAUGUUCAACCUUUACCUUUCUGUGGCUGAGGAGGCCAAAGAAAGAUUUAUGUACGCUUACAAUUCAGGAGUGCUGAGUUCGCAGGACAGAGCUGGUGCUAAUAGGAUUGAAGAAAACGCCUUGGUUUGGACAAUUGAACAGAAGAGUUCAGAGUUUACUCUUUUUGACCUUUCUGAGUUACUGGAGGCCACAAAAUCCUUUGCAGAAGAAAAUAGACUUGGACAGGGAGGUUUCGGCCCUGUGUACAAGGGGCAAUUAUCAGAUGGUCAGGAAAUUGCAGUUAAAAGGCUUGCUUCGCAUUCAGGACAGGGUUUCACGGAGUUCAGGAAUGAAGUUGAACUUAUAGCUAAGCUACAACACACAAAUUUGGUUAGGCUCUUGGGAUGCUGCAUUCAAGCCGAGGAAAAAAUUUUGGUGUAUGAAUAUUUGCCGAAUAAAAGCCUGGACUUCUUUAUCUUUGAUGAAAGACAAAGCAGUUUGCUUAAUUGGUAUAAACGGCGUGCCAUAAUUGAAGGCGUAGCGCAAGGUCUCCUGUACCUGCACAAGCACUCUCGGCUGCGCGUGGUACAUAGAGACCUUAAAGCUAGUAACAUUCUCUUGGACCAGGAUAUGGACCCUAAAAUUUCAGAUUUUGGGUUGGCAAGAAUCUGUAGCUCCAAUGAUGCUGAAGGAAACACAAAGAGGGUAGUCGGAACAUAUGGCUACAUGUCUCCGGAGUAUGCCUCUGAAGGCAUCUACUCGGUCAAAUCUGAUGUGUUCAGCUUUGGUGUUCUACUUCUUGAGAUCCUUAGCGCGAAAAGGAAUUCAGGUUUUCACCAAUAUGGAGACUUUCUUAACCUUCUCGGAUAUACAUGGCACCUGUGGGAGAUAGGAAGAUGGCUUGAUCUUGUAGAAGCAUCCAUUUCGAAAGAGAUGCAUGAAGCAGAGGCUAGGCGGUACAUUAACAUCGCACUAAUGUGCGUCCAAGAAAAUGCGGACGAUCGGCCCACCAUGUCCGACGUAGUUGCUGCGCUAAAUAGUGAGAGUGUGGUUCUACCUGAGCCAAAGCAUCCGGCUUACUUCAACCUCAGAGUAUCUAAAUCUGUGGAAUCAGCAGUUGUUGUUGAGGCGUGCAGUCUGAAUGAGAUGACCAUCACCCAAGAUCCCCAAGGCAGAUAGGUCUUCCACCUGAUUUCGUUUCGCUGGUCAUUAUUGUACAUGAUAAUGUGGACGUGAAUGGCUAUCCUUGUUCCAGCUUUGAAACUAAUCAUUAUGGUCUUCAUAGUGUCUUAUUUUAAGGUGUUGCUUUUUCAA